AUGGAUGAUGAAGCGAUAGAAAUAUUUCAAGAUGUUGACGAGACAAUACAAUCAAAUACUUCCAGAACUACCAUUGAAGCCGAUGCUCAACAGGAUAAUAUAUCAAUCGCAGAUGUAUUACGGCAAACUGCCAAUGCAUUUUUACGUGAUAAAUACCUUCAAGGCUUUGAAUUUCAAAAAGACUGUCAAUUGUAUUAUAAUCCAUUAACAGGCUACUAUUAUGAUCAAAACACUGCCUUAUUCUAUCAUCCGUUAACAAAUUGUUAUUAUUAUUACGACAGUCAAACAGACAGUUACGUGUAUUACACAAGAAUUCCUUGUGAACAUAUUUGGACAGAUAAAUUGGCUGAGCGAAAAGCAGUAGCUAUGUUAGGAGAAUCAUUCGCUGCAGGUAUGACGCAAGAUGAGGUAGACGUCUUCGAAUGUUUGAAUUCGUUACUGAAAGUUGUUUUAGAGAUAUUUGAUAGCGGCAACAUUGAUUGUGAUAUAUUGGAUGAUGAAAUAAGUACUCAUAUCCAAGAAGAAAGAAUGGACUAUGCUCCAUGUGUUCGUAUUGUUGAAAAAAAUAGUGGUGCGUUGAAUAUAGUUACAAUUACUGGUGCUAAAAUUGGAACUGCUCCCGAAUGUGAGAUCCGGUUAUCUGCGGAGCAAUCUUCAAGAAGUGAAUAUAGUGCUGUUAUCGAUUAUAACGAAGUAAAGCAGAGGUAUUUUGUGACAGUCAAGGAAAGAGAGCCGGAAGUUUUCCGUAAUAAACUGAGGAUUAAUAUGAAUGAAAUGGUAACUAUAGAUCAUGGUGAUGAAUGGCAGUUUGGAGAACAAGAAUUUUUGACUCACAUUCAUUAUGGAUCGAAUACAUGUGGCUCAUGCGAACCUGGUUUGGUAGGAAACGAUCAAGCGAUAACGUCAGGAUAUACUGAUAAUCUAUCAGUUGGAAAAGUAUCAAAAGAAACAUUGAGACGGAGAAAUUUACGAAAUAUGAAGAAACAGUAUGGUAUUUUUGAUGAUGGAGAAGAAUAUUAUCGGUGCAAGUACCAAAAAAAGGAACGAAAUUUGUUGGGUAACAGUGCUGACAACAAGGAUGAAUCAAUUUAUGCAAAUUGUUUAGCAAAACCUAUACCAGAAAUGAUUGUUUCAUCGAUAAAUAUGAUUCCGUCAUCAUCAACAAUGUUAAACGAAAGUAAUAAAGGAUUUGAUAUGCUUAAACGAAUGGGUUGGAAACAAGGCACUGGUCUGGGACGAAGGGAAGACGGGAUUAUAGAACCGGUGAUUAGUAAAGUUCGUCCUAACAAGGCUGGACUUGGAUUGAAAAAUGAAGUCAAAUUUGAAGUAUCAAAAAGUCGGGAUAAAAAGCAAUAUUUGCUUGAAAUUACGAGGCAACGUUUUCAAAAAGCUGAAAUUUUUUCUGUGGAUGACGAUGAAAAUGAUAAAACGUGA